AUCUUUUUGAAAAGUCCGGUGAACACCGCGAGAAGGUAUCCCACUCCAUCCUCCUCAGCAGCACAAUUGAAGCCCUCAGGACCUUCAUAGCCAAAUCGCAAAAAUGGCUGUUCCCGGCACCCAGAUUUCCAAGCGCAGAAAGUUCGUCGCUGAUGGCGUUUUCUACGCCGAGCUGAACGAGUUCUUCCAGCGCGAGCUCGCUGAGGAGGGCUACUCCGGUGUCGAGGUCCGCGUUACCCCGACCGUCACCGACAUCAUCAUCCGCGCCACCCACACCCAGGAGGUUCUCGGCGAGCAGGGCCGCCGCAUCCGUGAGCUCACCUCGCUCAUCCAGAAGCGCUUCAAGUUCCCCGAGAACUCUGUCUCCCUCUACGCCGCCAAGGUCCAGAACCGCGGUCUCUCCGCCGUCGCUCAGUGCGAGUCCCUCCGCUACAAGCUUCUCAACGGUCUUGCCGUCCGUCGUGCCUGCUAUGGUGUCCUCCGCUUCAUCAUGGAGUCCGGUGCCAAGGGUUGCGAGGUCGUCGUUUCCGGCAAGCUCCGCGCUGCUCGCGCCAAGUCCAUGAAGUUCACCGAUGGCUUCAUGAUCCACUCCGGCCAGCCCGCUAAGGACUUCAUCGACUCUGCCACUCGCCACGUUCUCCUUCGCCAGGGUGUCCUCGGUAUCAAGGUUAAGAUCAUGCGCGGCUCUGACCCCGAGGGCAAGUCCGGCCCCCAGAAGUCUCUCCCUGACGCCGUCACCAUCAUCGAGCCCAAGGAGGAGCAGCCCGUUACCCAGCCCAUCAGCCAGGACUACGGCGCUAAGGCCGCUCAGGUCCAGGCUGCCGCUGAGGCUGCCCGCCAGGAGGAGCAGGCCGGUGAGGAGGAGGCCGCUGCCCCUGCCGCUGAGGAGUAGGAUAACCUCAAGGUCGGGUCAAAUGAGGUUUCGCCUUCGAACGAGGUGCCUGUGUCUUUCGACGAGCCUGAGGUUGCUCCUGUGGCGGAGUUCCAUUUCGCCGAGGACGAUACUACCAUUCGCUGGUAAAGGACGCUGGGUUUGGGCGGGGUCUUUUUUCAAUGUGCUUGCAAGCUCAAACAAACACUGGGUUGCGGAAAUGGAUGGGUUCACUUUGGCGUCAACUAUGGUCAUAGCACAUUUGCAUUAAGACUUGCGAAAAGGGGAAAUGGCGGACGGAUUGUUGCUUGGGAUUAUAAUUGUUUUUUGUAACCCCUUUACAAAGCAGCAACGUCGGGAUAUUCCUGACUUCGCCAGGGAAAUAAGAUACCUGAACAAACCCUCCUUCCUUGCCUUGUUUUGCGAUUGCCAAUUGUGCCAUAUCCUUUUGUGUGAUGAUGGAGACGAUCAAGGGAAUAUAGGCACUGACCUAAGUGACGCAUGUGAAGAAGUACGUUUGUAGGUUUGUUGAUAUGAUAUCAUGGCCUAUCUCGGUGCAUGGAAUGUAUACACGUAAACAUCCGCCACUUUCAAGGGCAACGCCCCACAAAUACCCAACUGAUCAAGAUCUUCCAUUUUCGAUGGUUUCACACCGAACAUUUGACGAAUACAGGAGGAGUGAUGAAUGUUAACAUACAUUUGGUGAGCUCUGUCCUUACUGACAGACUCCUGCUCA